CAAACGUAUUUUGUAGUGGGUAGCUAACUGAUUGGUUGAAGAGAAUGGGAACGAACGUGGAACAUCAUUGAGGUCAUCAGGGUGUCUUUGAAAGGUUAUCGAACGUCGUCUUCUCGAACUUGAAAUCCGUUACUGUUACAUUACUACCCGAAGUUCCGCUGCCUGAACAUGCUGCCACGAAUUCUGAAGCCAACAUUAUCCGUCGCUCAACAAGGAGCCAAGGGGCUCUCGACGAGUGUCAGACGCGAUGCCAAGGUCGCAGUCAUGGGCGCCAGCGGUGGAAUCGGUCAGCCGCUGUCGUUGCUCUUGAAACAGUCUCCUCUCAUUACCGAAUUAUCUCUAUACGAUAUCGUGAACACACCAGGUGUCGCUGCAGAUCUCUCACAUAUGGACACAAAAGCCAAAGUAAAGGCAUUCACUGGACCUAAUGAAUUGAAGGAUUCGGUCAAAGGAGCUCAAGUAGUUAUCAUACCUGCCGGUGUACCACGCAAACCAGGAAUGACCAGAGAUGAUCUUUUUAAUACGAAUGCAUCUAUAGUAAGGGAUCUUGUUCAGGCUGUGGCAGAGAGUUCUCCAAAAGCACUUAUUGCGAUUAUUUCAAAUCCAGUUAACAGUACAGUACCUAUUGCUGCCGAGGUAUUGCAGAAGGCUGGUGUCUAUGAUCCUAAAAGAUUAUUUGGUGUAACCACACUAGAUAUUGUCAGAUCAAAUACAUUCAUUGCCGAAGCUAAAGGUCUUGAUCCACAGAAGACAUCGGUACCGGUUAUUGGAGGACACAGUGGUAUCACUAUCAUCCCACUUAUCUCGCAAUGCAAGCCAUCGGUCUCCUUUCCCGAGGAUCAAUUGAAGGCUCUCACUCUAAGAAUUCAGGAAGCGGGUACGGAGGUUGUUAAGGCGAAGGCGGGUACAGGCUCUGCCACGUUGUCGAUGGCAUACGCAGGUGCUCGAUUCGGUUUGUCGUUGGUCAGAGCACUUAAUGGUGAACAGGGUAUUAUUGAGUGUUCUUACGUUAAGUCCGACGUUACACCGUCGAAAUACUUCUCGACACCUAUUGUCUUGGGCAAAGGAGGAGUUGAAAAGAAUCUUGGCCUUGGCACUCUCAGCAACUACGAGAAGAAGCUAUUGGACGAAGCUAUUCCGGAACUCAAGAAGAAUAUUCAGAAAGGAGAGGAUUUCGUGAACAAGAAGUGAAUACUGCCAAUUUGGAACUAGAUAGAGGUGUGAUUGACCAUGAACUGGAAGGAAUCGACGAUUAUCAGUAUUCGUUACAACAAUCCUCGCGUUGUACGCGAAUCGUUGUAUUCGAAAGGGGAAUCCUUUCGACAUGCCAAUCAGUAGAUAAGCCCGUCUUGUACACUGUAUAAAACAGAUCGAAAUUCAUUCGUUACGAGUCAGUAAAUAAACGAACAAGAACCGAAAGACAAAGCGAACGGUUUUAUUGCUAUACGAACAAUAUUCAUAGACCUCAAUUAAGAAAGAAACACACAAUGCUGAAUCACGAAAUUUAAUGUAGACAAUUUUAAAUAAAACAAUCCCUGAACGUAAAACAAAUAAAGAUUAUUUUUGCUAGCA